GGCGCCAUGCCCGGCCCGGCGGCGCCGGGGCCCGGCCCCGACCCGGAGGAGAGCUACGAUUUCCUCUUCAAGCUGGUGCUCAUCGGCGACGCCAGCGUGGGCAAGACCUGCCUGGUGCAGCGCUUCAAGACCGGGGCCUUCGCCGAGCGCCAGGGCAGCACCAUCGGCGUGGACUUCACCAUGAAGAGCCUGGAGAUCCAGGGCAAGCGGGUGAAGCUGCAGAUCUGGGACACAGCUGGCCAGGAGAGAUUCCGAACUAUUACACAGAGUUACUACCGAAGCGCCAAUGGAGCAAUCCUAGCCUAUGAUAUCAGCAAGAGAGGCUCUUUCCAGUCCAUUCCUCGCUGGAUCGAGGAUGUGAGAAAGUAUGCCGGUUCCAAUAUUGUACAAUUACUGAUUGGAAACAAGUCUGACCUAAGUGACCUUCGAGAGGUUCAGCUAGAAGAAGCUCAGAGUCUAGCUGAACAUUAUGAUAUCAUCUGUGCCAUAGAGACCUCUGCAAAAGACUCCAGCAAUGUGGAAGAGGCUUUUGUGAAGAUGGCCACAGAGCUCAUGAUGAGGCACGGAGGUCCAAUGUUCAGUGAGAAGAGUACUGACAGCAUCAAGCUUGACAGCAAAGACGUCGUAGAAGGCUGGGGGUGUGGUUGCUGAUAUGAGCUAGGUGAUAUCCCUAACUUUACUGGAAUUUAGAUGGUGCUUCACCCUAAUGCUGAGUAGCACAGUAGCCAUAUUCUCCUCCUCCUGUGAAACCAGCAAUUUUGUAGAAGUUAGACACAAUCCUGUUUGCUUUGGUGUCUUAUUUUUAUAAGGAGACUCUUGAGAUGCAGUCUUAAAAGUCAGGCCCUCUGAAAAACUUACUCUACAUUUGUCCCCACUAUUUUAUUUUCUAUAUCCUUCAUGUAAGUUACAAAAGUGGAGGGAACAACUUGGAACUGUUGAUGUAGGGUGGGGAGAUAGAUGGCUGAAGGCUGAUACACACACAAGUUCUGAAACAUUCAGUAUGUGUUUGUGACAAAGGAGGUCACUUUUAGAACAGGCAACCUUGAAAUGUCUCUUCAAAUCUUCAGCACUCCAGCAAUGACCAGAAAGCCUAGAAGUGAGAGACAGUGUCUUUGAUAGAAGUAUUUCAAGUGUCAAAAUACCCAACAUUUUGAUUAAAGGACCAAAUAACAGUCAUCUAUCCCAGGGCAUAUGGAUUGCUAGGUAAUAUUGGUGACUCUGGUGGGGCAGCCUUCUCUCAGGUUUUUUUUUUUUUUUAUUUUUUUAAGUUAUCAUUUUAACAAAUAGCAAAAUCAGCCUGAGCAGUAACACAUGACUUGUUGUCAAGAAUGAUUGGAUGGUUUUAAUUAUUUUAAAUACAGCCUUGAAGAAGGAAUGGGUUGAUACAUUUCAUUUCUUACUGUUUGCACAGGGAUAGCUCCCUUUUCCAAGUGUGUGUCUUUGAGUUCUCAUUUCAAUUAAUUUCAUUCCAUAACUCAAGACUUGCAUCACUGGAAACAGGAACUGGAAAACCUUGAACUGAAUGGUAGCCAUGACCUACUGGCAUGUGUCUAAUGGUCAUAUACAGGGUUAAUUCUGGUCAUACAUUUGAUGUUAUGUUAGUAGAGUGAUUAUUGCUUAAAUGGCCUAACUAGGGCUUAUGUUUUUUUAAAACAUCUCCUUAAAUACAAUCUGGACAUACAGUGGGAAAGAAAACUUGAGAAUAGCUGAAAACUGCAUGCAUUGCAACUUCUUGUUUGUAAGAAACCAACUCUUUUUGAAUGGUAACCUCCCACCUUGUACUCAUCUGCUUCCCUGUCCCAAGUCACUAACUGCUUUUCAUUUCUUGAAAAUACUCAGCAGGAAAAAUCUUUUACUGUUGAUGGAAAGUUUAUAAUGUUAAGUAAUACAUUUCCUAAUCCAACUACAUAUAGUUGUCUUUCAGACACAGCUCUGUGUUGUGCUAGUGUAUGUUGUAUAUGCAGUUAAAGUACUGAUGGCAGCAGUCCUCUCUGUAUUUACACUCUCAAGCACCUUACAAACUUGGAUUUGCAAAGGUAGCAGUAUCAGGAUUAUUUUUAAAUCUGCAGUUAAAGCAAAGGUGUUCAGAAGCAACAAGUGAUUUUUGCAAUCCUGAUACUUUAAAGCGGCUCAUUUUCAGAAGGCACCCACUUGAACCAAAAUCACUUGUUCCUUUUGAAAAUCUUGAUUAAAAAGAACCAGGUGGAUUCAGUUGUUAUUAGGGCUACACCAGUUUUUGGCCAUUUGCAAUAUCCAGUGUCAUGAAAAUGAGGAAGAUUAAGAAAGGGCUAACAGAUCCUAAUUUCAGUACUGUUCAUCUUCCUACAGAAAUUAUUAACCAUUCUUUCAUCUUUCUGUUUUUUUUAACUAUGAUGUAGAUUAUUAAAGAAUUACUUAUGCUUUGUAGUCUGUUUGCUUCCUAUCUAAAAGGAUAGUUUUCAAGUUUCAUAGUUGCAAGAGUGAAGGGGCCUUAAAUUUUUCAAUUAGUGUAGUUUUCACACUUAUAAUGUUCUGUAUGGAAGGGCAGGGCAAGGUGCAGUACUCAGUAGUAUUUUUAGAUAGUUUUCCAGGACAUUCGCAGCUCUCCUACAUCCAUAGGUAACAGACACUAAGCACCAGCAGCAGCAAAAUAUUGAAGAUGAAAGUUACCCAAACUCCAGAUUCAUUAUUGGUUAGCAGAUCCUGUCUUCCAAAAGAAACCAUGAAGACAGUCCAAGCUAUAAUUCAGUCCUUAUUACUGUUUUUCCUCCUAGUUAGAUAGUCCUUAAGCUAGCAGGUAAUCCCCUAGUCUCAUGACAUAUUAUAGCUUACAUAUGUAACACAGGUAACAGUCCUGCAUGCUUGGACAUGGACCCUCAAAAAAGCUCAGCCUCCCAGUAUUUGCAGGACCAGUGCCAAAUGAUGUAUUUAAGCCAUGCUGAUUAUAAAGUAUUGGUACUACUCAAAUCAAGUAGCUUACAGAGUAGCUCAUCUUAAAACUGGAACAAGAUGCAAAAGGAAUGUAGAUCCUGCUUUCAGUGCUGUCACUGAAUGAUUCUGUUUUUACUGUAGAUGGAGAAAUGAUAUAUUGAUCCAUUUCCUUAAUUUUGAAGUUUUUUAGUAAAUGAGUAGAAUUAGACCAAGCACUACACUUGUUUUAAGAUUUGCCCUGCUGCAUCUCUUAAUCAAGUGUUGAAGGUUGAAACUCUGCCUGUGGGCUAGUUUGUUUCAGUCAGGAAACAUGAAAUACGGUGUCUGUUAUUUUGUUUACUGUGUUUUCAAAUGAAAGCAAGAAUUUAGAAGUUUUCAUUUUGCAGUGGAAAACUAAAGCUAUGGCUUUGUGUCAGCUAUAUCUUCUAAUGCUCGACUCUUCUACAUUUUAACAACUGUAACACAAGUUUGCAUGUCCUACCUAACUGAACAAAAGGGAACAAAGAAAUAGCUGGAAGACCUGGCUUAUUUGUUCAGGUUAGUAGCACAUAUGAAUGACAGUGCUUGGGGCUGUAAGUAAUAAGAGGCUAUUUCAAUUACCGAAUGGUUUCUUUGUCUAUUAAUAAUAUUACAAUAUUAAUGUCUAUUAAUAAUAGUAAAGCCAUCACUAGAUUAUUAGCUUCUUGACCAGAAAUGCGUUAAGCAGUAAACGUAAUUUGUAGUUUUUCACUCCCUUUCUGAAGACCUUUAUUAGAUCCAGAACUCACAUACAUAGCUAUGUAAUUUAAGUAUUAGCAGCCUACUCCUUUUGGUUCACUUACAAUAAUCUUACUGUAACCAAAAGGAUACCUGAAUGAAGAAAAUGAGUAGCAAUAUGCCUGAGAUUAGUAAGUAAAAUAUUCUGUUUCAAAUCUUAGGUUAGGAAUGUGCAUUGAUGUACAUCGAGUGAAUAAUUUAGUAACACAUGAUCAGAAUGUGUGGCAUAAACAUUUGCUAAGAAUCCUGUUUACUGGCAGUUGAACAUUAACAGACUAUGUUGCAGGAAUUGCUUUUAACCAGAUCUCCUUGGCUGACCAUAUAUUUGCAUUAGUAUUUAUCAUUUGUUUUUGGCAGUACCCAAAGUGUACCCAUGUGCAACAUGUUACAAAAACGCAGAAGGGGACACUGAUCCCUGCCUUUUAACACUUAAGUGUGGAAGGCACGGGUAAAUAAUGAAAUUAAAUCAUCAGCAGAAUAUCAUUCCCAGUAGUGUGGGCAUUGUUAUUCUUUGUUUUAGUUUUGAUUUAAGCUAAUUUUUAUCUCCAAUUACUCAUUCAGUUCAUCAUCAUGGAAGAAAUUUGCACAAAUAUUUAUAAAUAUAUACAUGUAAUUUCAAAUAAAUGCCAGCCCAGACACCUGCUAAUAUUGGUUUUGUAAAACAAAUUUUUUAAAAUAAAAACAUAUAAAAAUUUAGGAAAAAUGCUAACCAUUUUAUCACACUCACUUUUUCUGGGGAAUAACAAAGCUGAAUGAAGCCCAGCUAACACUGCAUACAGUAAUGCAAACUUCAUGAAAAGUUCAGCUCUUGCUCAUUUUUUUCUUUGCCUUUAGAGAUCAGAUUUAUUCAAAGAGUAGAGCUGACUAUCAGAUAGAGACAUACAUGUGAUACUACAGUAGUGUAUUACAUUACAUAUGUACUCAAACAGCAGUAUCCUUAAAAAAACAUUAAAGCCUUUCCUUGAUUCUCCUUGCUAUGUAUUCCUCCCUCGAAUAUUUAAUUUCAUACUCCCAGCCAGAGUCCAGAUGACUAUUUGAUUGCCUUUUGACAUCUCAUGUCAAUUGCCAUGGAAUUGGGGGUUAAUAACAUUAUUGCUUUCCCUUUGUAAGACUGUUUUUAUGUUAUAAAACUAGAGCAAUAUGCACUCAAUACUCCAUUGAGUAAAGAAACUCAAUGUGAAUUUCUUUAAGUAUAGGAUGCAUUUAUGUGUUACUUUACUAACAGCAAUUUUUCAUCUUUACCUAUCCUGCUUCCUCAAACAUGCAUAUAUUAGAAGACCACUGAAGUUUACCUUUUUGCAAUAUUUUGUGUAAAAAGUGUGUCGGAGGAGAAUCAAGUGAGAAGAAUACAUGCUUUGUGAAACAAAAAUAAAGUGACUCUCCUUCUGUUGUCUUCCAGCCUUGGAGAGUGCUUAAAUUAACUUGUCAGUCAUCCUCUGUGGAGACUUCAGGGAAACAAGGCUCCAGACAGAGUGAAUGACCAUUAAAUAGACAGGGAGAAUUCAAGGAAAUUGGAGCAAGUACAUGCUUAUUUUAUGAAGAGGUAGUUCCUGCUUAGCCCCAUUAGUGUCUGAUCAGUUUGUAGAUUGUAUUCCCACCCUUGUGGCAGAGGAAGUGAGGCAAUUACAUGACAAAGAGUAACAGAUCCAAGUACACAUGUGUAGUUCUUAACGGAAGUGAAAGGAAAUUAAUCCCCAAAUUUAGGCUAAUCACCCUAACCAUUUAUUUAUCCUUUCUCAAUUUACAUUGGAGUGUUUCAUCAGCUAAAAGGCCUUCUAGAUUUGCAAAUUUGCCAAUGAAAGAUGCCGUAUUGUUAACCCAGGUAGAGUAAUAAUUAGAUUUUAUUACAGUUGUGUGAAGUAUGGUAACCUUGGGAGUCACAGAACAGUCUUCAUAAAUGGGCUGUUCUCAGGAUUUGACAAUUUGCCAUGCCAUAAAAAAUGAGAUUCCUGGGUUGGGAGAAUAUUGUCUCAGUUGUGAUUUCAUACUAUUUAUUUUGGGUGUUGAUUAUCCUACUGAACUUUUAGUCAGAGAGCCAGUCUGCUCAGUACCUUUUUUUUUUCUUUUUUUUAGGGAAAAAAAAGGUAAUGUUAAUUUCCUUUAACUCCUUGUAUUAGGUUGUGAAGUUAUUUGAAGCAGCAAAAGUCUCAGAUGAAAGCAUUUAAAUACAGUUCACGCUCUGUAGUUUAGAAGACCACCAGUCCAUGACCAAACGUUCGGUUUCCAGUACAAGUUUAUUCCUCUAUAUGCUUUUAUCAUUUUGUUUUAGUUUACUCAGAAAAAAAGUAGAGUAAUGAAUUAAAACACACCAACUGACAUGGAUGUUUGCUGUCCAUGGAACUGUUGCCAAAGUUUAGAUGAAAAUAGCCAACAUACUUUCCUAUCUUGAUACUAGACAGCACUUCUUUUAUAUGACUGACAAAUUAUAAAAAUGUACUUUUAAAAAAGUUGCCUGAAAUACAAAAGGAUAAAUUUUUUACUGUAUGUUUUCAACAGGGAUUUCUGUUACUUGAAUACUAAUAAUGGCAGUUACCUGUAUUACAUUCAUAAUUGUAGAUGCUGUUGAAGGCAGACCAUCUCAACAAUUGCCUUGUCUUUCCAUGUGAUUCAGUGGCCCAGUGGAAAACAGAUGACUAGAAUGAUUUCACAGGAAUGAGAAAAGUGAAGCCUAAGUAACAGUGAGGGAAGACUUUCUAGUUAGUCUGAUUAAAUCUGGUAGGUUUCCUUAAUGCUUACUGAAUUCAAAGAAAAUAAUUUCCUUCCCAAGUGUAAAACAAUGUAGCACACAAAUGGUUACAGUUGCUAUUGUUUGCUCUUUUGCAACAGAAAUUUGUUGUCUAUCCUGUAAAAGAAUGGACUGCUAAACAUAUGGUAACAAGAAAGUUUAAUAUAUUAGGAGUUAUUAAAUUGGUUUAAAGCUGUAUUUAAUACCCCCUAUUCCUUCCAUUAUGAGGUAAAAGUGGUUAAUGUGCAUCUCUCCUCCAACAUAACCUUUGAAAAUCUUGAAAAGAUCAGAUACAAUGUUGCCAGGAUCAUAUAGCGAUAAAAAUUUAUUGAGGUUUGCUAUCAUUAAAAAAUAAAAGCACAAGUCACUUUUUUUUUUUGCAAGACUUUUUAGAGUUCAGUUGAGUUAUUUUGGAUUUGACUAUCCAACAAGACUACUGACUGAUUUCUACUUUCUUUCAGCCUCAACUUUAGCAAAAAGGGAAUAUUCUAUCACAAAACUCUGAAAUGCCAUCAGAUAGACUAUAACUAGCACUUUUUUUUGCAGGUUAUAACUAUCAAUAUCCUGCUUCUGUGAUACUAAUUUAAGAUCUGUAAUGUGUAAUACAUAUAAUAUUGCACUCUUGAUCAAAAUUAGGUGUGAUCAUUCAUCUGAAUAGAUUGUGCAGGGUAAGGUAUUAGGUAGGUAUGGCAGCUUCACAAAGCUGCUUCUAUCUAAGCUACUUCCUCUGUCUAAGGCUUGCUUAACCCAUCCAGAAUUUGGUAUUACACCUGAAUAACUAGAAAUGGACUAUUAAAUGGACUAUUUCCUUUUGUUUUAAUUUAGUUAUAAAUAUGAUAUAAAAUUUGUUAUUCUCUGUGUACAUUUUAAACUUAACUUUUUAAGAUCUUGUUUAGACUAGGAUAUCAACAACAGUGGUCACCUAUUUUAAGCUUUUGUUAACAGUUUUAAUAGUGUAGUGAGGGGGAAAAACAUACACCUUAUCAUAGACUACACUGCAGGAGUUUAAGCCUUAACUCUGCCAUAAACUAAACCAGGUAUCUUAAAGUACACACUGUUCACAUCUCAUAGCUAGUUAAAAGCAUCCAAGUUGUUGUAAAUCUUAGCUGAGAAAGUACCUUACAUAUUAUCAGUAUUGUGAAGCUAGUAGGUUAGGCAUAACAAUCUGGGGAAUUCUGAGCAUGGUUCUGGUUCUAACCACCUGUUCUAUGGCUAUUAUUUCCACUUUUCAAUCAAUACACACACACACACACAAAAUCCUUAAGUUUUCUUUUUAAGAAAAUACAAGGAGUAGUUUCUCCAGAUAAAAACAGACAGAAAAGUUUGAUGGGAUACUGUGUAUUUCUUUCCUUAGGUUUUGGUUUUUUUGGGGGGUACCAAAAUCCUGACCAACAAUCCAUUUACUCCUCAAAGCCAGUCUCUUUACAAUAACUACUACGUAAAAGCCCUGUUACUACAAUUGCACUGUUGCAGAAUAGGUGAUCUACACCCAUUUUUUCUGCAAUAAAUUCUCUAAGCAAUAUAGACUCAUCUGAAGAUACGAAGGUAAGAUUUGGGGCAUCUAAACUAUUAUAUGUGAAAGUAAGGAUGUGAAAAAUAAUCUUUUGAACAUGGCAUGCAAACUUGUUUGUUUUGACAAUUUGAAGCUGCUUUUAAGAAGUGUUUUUAAGAGCUGAAUUUUCAAGAAUACUAAGGCUGCAGAUAGUGCCUACCGAUUUCUUCAAAAGUAUUGGAUUACCAUUGCAAAAAAGCACAAAACUUGUGUUUUUGCACUAAAGGGAAAUAAUUAUCAGAAAGACUUUUAUUCAUGCAAAAGGCAGAGCAUAAAAAGGUUCAUGAUCAUUCUGUAUUUUUCAUGUUCAUUCCAUAUUUCAGUGUUGUGUAUAAUUAAGAAUUUUUUCCUUUUAUAAAUGGCAUUAAAACAGAAUGUUCUAAAUGUGAAAAGUAGUUUGAUACUUGACAAUGUAAAAUGCUAUAUACAUUUUCUUAAUAGUGAAGAAAUACAGACUUCUUAGACUGAUAUAUCGAUGAGAACAACAACUUUGCCACUACACUUUGGUGGUAUGAUACAAGGGAUUCACCAGAUGGAGUUAAGCUUUGGAAUAGUUCUAAAUACCAUUAUAUACCAUUUCAAAACCAGGGGCUACACUAGCUUGGAAGCCAAUGAAUGAGAUUAUAUGCUGUCCUGCUUGCCAGACAUGAAGCAGAUUCAGUCAUUUACUGAGCAAAAGGUGAAUUUAGUUAUUUGUAACAGUUUAAAACUAUUUUAAGUCUGUGUGGAGAAAGGCUAAGACUUGAUAGUCAGAUAUGCUCAGUGCUGUCUACCAGCUUUUCCCUCUUUUGCAAUAGUGCCUCACUCACUGAUUUCUGAUGGAUAUAAAACUCAAUAUCCUGAGGAUGCACAACCCCAGGGACUAUAUAGCAUUCAAGUGAGUCUGGCUCACACACCUGUCAGGGAAAAAAAUACAGAUCUCUAAUUCAUAUUGAAUUCAUUCACUGCAUUCCAAAAUGAUUUAAGGAAAAAUACCAGUGUUAAAAUUAUUCUGCGUUUUCUAGGAAAAAUAUGUUGCUAUUUUUCAAGGUUUCUUCAAGAGAUGCAGGCUGCACAUUUCUAAUCAUCAGUAACGACUUUACUUUUAAACUUUCUUAUCACAAUACUGACUAGGUCUUUUGGAAUAUGAGGAGACAAGGGAGCAAGCUUGCAUACUACAAUAGUUUUUUAUACUUUACCUUUAUCUAUUUAUGAAUUUAUUACAAAAAUAUUUUUAAACAGAUAUGGAACCUGCUUUUUUGUUGUAAAUUUUAGCAGAGUAGUAAAUACAUUGUACUGUGCAUCA